UAACUCGUAUGCGUGCGUAUUCUCUGCCGGAGUGCUGUCGCUGGAUGGUCUCUUCACUCAAGUCACAUGCGAUAUGCCUGUCAAUUUAAAUAAUCUAUCUUUUCGGCUUAUUUAGCUAAGCAUGUACAGAUUGUUGAAUUUCUCAAAUAAAAUUUAAAAAAAAACUCGUAUGAAUAAUGAUACGUGCAGAUAAAAAAACCGAAUAUUUUAUAAAUUAAAUUCAAAUAAAAUUGGAGAAUGUUUAGAAUAAUUUUUAGUAGACUAACAUAUUUUCAAAUAAUGGAUGAAAUUUUGUUAAGCAUAAUUUUAAAACCAUUUUUCCUCAAACAGUUUAACCUUUACUUUAAGGGUACGCGGGGCAUGAACCCAAGGCCCUAGAUCGACGGAUGCUUCGAAAAAUAUAAUUUAUAUCUUAACAUUGUAACUUAUUUUCACUCUAUCUCAACUAAAUAUUUAAUUGUCAGGUUUAUAUAUUAAAUUAUAAUUUAAAAAUAAUAUUAAAUUUAUUAAAUUUUGUUAUUAUGGUAUCCUCAAACAUAUGACUUUGAAGACAUAAUCGAAGAUUUUGCAAACCAGAUAUCUCGAAAGCCACUUUUAAAAUCGAUAAUCUGGAAUCAAGACUUAACUAAUUACGUUGGUACAUGGAGAAAGUCUUAACUCAAAACUCAAGAACUUCAAUACGCGGAUAUACGUUGUUGAUUAUAUUGGAAUAAAAGGAAAGGCACGAGUGCAUCAUUUCUAUACACUGCCAUGGGUUAUAAGAAAGACGGUCUUAUAAAAGAUCUCUGGCCAAAUAUUCGAUUAAUACAAUUGUCGGGCCUAUUCAUAUCCGAGUACUAUGAUGAUUAUUCUGGAUUAGCCGUGUUGCUCCGAAAGAUUUACAGCUGGAUCACCACAAUUAUAAUUUAUUCACAGUUCAUAUUUAUCGUGAUUUUUAUGGUCACUAAAUCUAAUGAUUCAGAUCAGCUUGCCGCUGGUGUGGUAACUACAUUGUUUUUCACCCAUUCGAUGAUCAAAUUUAUGUAUUUUAGCACGGGCACCAAGUCGUUCUACAGAACUCUAAGUUGUUGGAACAAUACUUCUCCUCAUCCUUUAUUUACAGAAUCUCAUUCAAGAUUCCAUGCAAAGUCGUUAUCUCGAAUGCGACAACUGUUGAUUAUUGUGUCAAUAGUUACAAUUUUUACAACAAUCAGCUGGACAACUAUUACUUUCUUUGGUGAAAGCGUAUGGAAGGUUCCUGAUCCUGAAACAUUUAAUCAAACAAUGUAUAUUCCAGUACCGCGUUUGAUGUUACAUUCUUGGUAUCCUUGGGAUUCGAGUCAUGGAUUAGGUUAUAUCGUGGCUUUUGCAUUGCAGUUUUAUUGGAUAUUCAUAACACUCAGUCACUCAAACUUAUUGGAGCUUUUAUUCUCAUCAUUUCUGGUGCAUGCGUGUGAACAACUUCAACAUUUGAAAGAGAUUUUGAAUCCAUUGAUCGAAUUAAGCGCUACUCUCGAUUCUGCAGUUCAUAAUCCUGCCGAAAUAUUUCGUGCCAAUUCGGCUAAAAAUCAACCAAUCAAUGGCGUUGAUUACAAUGGAUCCUACGUGAAUGAGAUUACUGAGUAUGGAACAAAAGGAGAAACUGAAUUGAAUAGAAAAGGACCAAAUAACUUAACUAGCAAUCAAGAAGUACUGGUUCGAUCAGCAAUUAAAUACUGGGUAGAGCGACACAAACAUGUGGUCAAAUAUGUGAGUUUAAUUACUGAAUGCUAUGGUUCGGCCCUUCUGUUUCACAUGUUAGUGAGCACAGUCAUUCUCACUAUUCUUGCAUACCAAGCAACCAAGAUCAACGGAGUUAAUGUGUUUGCGUUUUCAACCAUUGGAUACUUGAUGUAUUCUUUCGCACAAAUAUUUAUGUUUUGUAUACAUGGCAAUGAACUCAUCGAAGAAAGUUCAUCUGUAAUGGAAGCGGCUUACGGUUGUCAGUGGUACGACGGAUCUGAAGAAGCUAAAACAUUUGUACAAAUAGUGUGCCAACAGUGUCAAAAGCCUUUGAUUGUGUCUGGAGCAAAAUUUUUCAAUGUUUCAUUGGAUUUAUUUGCAUCAGUUUUAGGUGCUGUAGUAACAUACUUUAUGGUUUUGGUGCAGCUUAAAUAAACCUGUACAAUAAAAAAAAUACUGCUAUACAGGGAGUUUCACCAAACACUCUCAGUGUAAUUGCUCACCUACUAUUUAUCGUUUAUAAUAAUUUUGAAAUUAUUCAAAUUCUGAUUUUUGGAAUUUUUUAGUAUGGAUUUAGGACUUUAUUUUUAAAUACUUAGAUGUUUAUACCAUUUAAAGAAUAACUAUCCUGUGGUGAUGAAAUUUUUUCAAACAAGAACUAUCUUUCAUAUUGUUACCUAAUUAAAUAAUUUUUCUGAAUCUUGUUGGAGGAUCUAAAUUGAUGUUUGGAUGUAUAGUUUUUGAAAUAGGUAUCAAACUUAAUGAAAAUAAUCGUUCUUAAUAAUAUAUUUUCAUAAGAUACGUAUUUAUUAUACUUAGUUUAGAAUUUAUUAUACUGAAAUGUUUUACAAAUUUUAACAUUUUUAUACAUAUUAAUAAAUUAUUAUAACUUUUAAAUAAUCAUAGACCAUAUAUAAUAUUAAACCUAUCAUCAUGGACGAUCAUCCUCAUAUUAUCAUUGAAGUUUAAUAAUUUAAAAACUAUUGAUGAUUCAAAUUUCUAUUUAAAUACAGCAUUAUUUUGAAGAAAAACAUGAUUAGAAAUAUAAAAAUUACUUUCCUUAUAUGAAAAAAGAGUUUGUUUUAUCACAGGAUACUCCUUCAAUUGUAUUAAAUGUAAGUAUUUAAAAAAAGCCUUUAAGUACACUUAAAAUAUCCAAUAAUCAUGAUUUGUAUAAAUACAAUAUUAAAGGAAAAUAUGGGAAUGAGUAGGCUUGGUGAAUCACUCAUCACCCUGUAUGGUUGUUAGUUAUAUUUUUACUUGUAAAGUAAAAACUCGUCUUUAUAAUGUUACCAAUUUACUAUAGAAAUAAAUUUACUAUUUUUUUUUAUUAGUACUUACCUAUUAUAAUUUUAAGUAGUAAAUUAUGUUAUAUAAAAGUAUGCCAUUACUCAUAACAUCAAAACUCUGAAAAAAUGUAAUUUAAAUAACAAUAUGUACCUAAAUAUACUUAUAUAAUCAAAUACUCAUAAAAA